AUGACCGCCGACUUCCACCAUUCCCUCGAGCCCUUCCCUCUCUUCAUCGACUCGGCUCCUCCCAAUUCGGCCAAUUAUUUCUCCUCCCCCAUGGCCAUGGCUGCCAUCCAGCUGCUGGCUACGUCCAGCUCCUCCUCCUCCCACCGCUCCCUCGGCAAGCCGCUUGUCUCGAUGCCAGCAAAGCUGUCAAAUUACCUGCGACUGCGAUAUUACCAGUAUGAAGUCACCUUCGGACUCUAUGUUAUGACCCCAGGCGAGAAACUCAUCUUCAACUCGGCCAUCCUUAUCGCUUUCGCCGCUCUUCUGUACGCGCUGUUCUGGGGCUUCGAGCCAUUCGUCGUCAACACUCUUUGCCGGCUCAUAUACUACCUGACUGGUUCCUUUUCCAGCGCUCCACAACUUUGCUCAUGA